CUUCGGUUCCUGAUGUUAUUCAGUGUGUGUCAUGAACAGAAUUCACACAUGAUCCGCUGAUACAACUCACAUUUCUCGUCUGAUCGGAAUUAUACUCAGUGUCGGAGUGCGCAUGAGAUCUGGCGUGGAGUCUGGAGUAAUGUAAGCUGGAUCACUUCCUGUCCCUGUAGUGUCCUCAGACAGCAUGGGGCUGGACUUUAAUGUCAAGACAUUCUGCCACAACUUGCGGGCAACCAAACCCCCCUACGAGUGCCCAGUGGAGAGCUGCCGUAAAGUCUACAAAAGCUACAGCGGCAUUGAAUACCACCUGUACCAUUACGACCAUGAUAACCCACCUCCACCCCAGAGCACCCCUCAGAAGAAGCGAAAAGGUCGCCCACCACGGGCCUUCUUGAUAGGUUUGGGCGAUGGCCCCGAUUCCAGUAUGUGCUCUGGGAUUACCGGGCAAGGGACGAUGCCGGGUAGCCCAGCUGAGUGCUCUGAACGUUCUCACUCGCCCGUGAAAGAGACGAUGACAUACGCAGAGGCCCAGCGGAUGGUGGAACUGGAGAUCCGCGGGCGAGUCCAUCGCAUCAGCAUUUUCGAGAACCUGGAUGUACUUUCGGAGGAGGACAGCGGAGCUGAAGAAGCCCCGUCCUCUGGAAUGGGCGGCUCGACUGUGUGUAACGGAGGCGGCAGUGAGGGUGGGGGGAUUGGUAAGGACAGACUAGAUGCUUCUGCAGCCAAUGGGGAGAAAGGGCCUCAGAAAACAGGCAAACACAAGAAUAAAGAGAAGAAGAAGGACAGCAGCUCACAUCCUCACAUGAACACGAGCGGGCCGGCCGUCAAGCUGCCUGAGGUGGUGUUUAGAGAGCUGGAUCAGGACAGACCCGACGCCCCCCCUCGACCCACAUCUUACUACAGGUACAUUGAUAAGUCUGCUGAGGAGUUGGAUGAGGAGGUGGAGUAUGAUAUCGAUGAGGAAGACUACAUCUGGCUGGACAUCAUGAAUGACAGGCGUCGAUCUGACGGUGUGGCACCCAUCCCACAGGAGGUGUUUGAGUAUCUGAUGGACCGACUGGAAAAAGAGUCUUACUUUGAGAGCCACAACAAGAGUGACCCGAGCUCUCUGAUUGAUGAAGAUGCCGUGUGCUGUAUCUGUAACGAUGGAGAGUGUCAGAACAGUAAUGUCAUCCUGUUCUGUGACAUGUGUAAUUUGGCAGUGCAUCAGGAGUGUUAUGGGGUUCCUUACAUCCCAGAGGGCCAGUGGCUGUGUCGACGCUGCCUGCAGUCACCCUCCAGAGCUGUGGACUGUGCCCUGUGCCCCAAUAAGGGUGGGGCUUUCAAACAGACCGAUGAUGCCCGCUGGGCACAUGUAGUGUGUGCACUCUGGAUCCCAGAGGUGUGUUUUGCCAAUACUGUCUUCCUGGAGCCCAUCGACAGCAUUGAGCACAUCCCCCCCGCGCGCUGGAAGCUCACCUGUUACAUCUGCAAACAGCGCGGCUCUGGUGCAUGUAUACAGUGCCACAAAGCUAACUGCUACACCGCCUUCCACGUCACCUGCGCCCAACAGGCCGGGCUCUACAUGAAGAUGGAGCCUGUACGAGAAACCGGCGCCAAUGGAACUUCCUUCAGUGUACGCAAGACAGCCUACUGUGACAUUCACACCCCACCAGGCUCCUCCCACCCACUGGGAGGAGUGGGAGGGGCUAGCAUGGGCUCCUCCCACAGCGAGGGCGAUGCAGAGGAUGAGGAUGAUGUGCCAGUUGGUGAGGAGGAGGGGAAAGGGUGGAGCUCAGAGCGAGCAAAGAGAGCGAAAGCAAAGUCCCGUCUGAAGAUGAAGAGAGCGAGGAAGAUACUGGCCGAGAGGAGAGCGGCUGCACCAGUGGUAUCUGUGCCCUGUAUACCACCUCACAAGUUGAGUAAGAUUACCAGUAACCUGUUGGUGCAGAGAAAGAGUCAGUUCAUGCAGAGACUACACAGCUAUUGGACUUUAAAGAGACAGAGCCGCAAUGGUGUUCCACUCCUGCGACGACUCCAGACACACCUACAGUCACAACGCAAUGCUGAACCUCUCCCGACUGUGGCUGCAAUGGACUAUGAAGAGAAGCCCUCCAUGUUGAAGGAGCAGUUGAAAGCAUGGCAGCGGCUCAGACAUGACCUGGAGAGAGCUCGACUGCUGGUGGAACUCAUCCGCAAGAGGGAGAAACUCAAGAGAGAGACUAUGAAGAUUCAGGAGCUGGCACUGGAGAUGCAGUUGUCUCCAUUCCUGGUUUUGUUGCGCAGCACUCUGGAACAAUUGCAGGAACGUGACACCAGUAACUUCUUUACUGAGCCUGUUCCUUUAAGUGAGGUCCCAGAUUACCUGGACCACAUUGACCGUCCGAUGGACUUCCAGACAAUGUGGAAUUGUUUAGAAUCACAUCGUUAUCUCAGCUUUGAAUCUUUUGAGGGUGACUUUCUGCUCAUCGUCAACAACUGUUUGAAGUACAACGCCAAAGACACCAUCUUCUAUCGGGCUGCGCAACGAUUACGAGAAACAGGUGGCACUGUUUUGCGGCAAGCUCGCAGGCAGGCUGAGAGAAUUGGCUUCGAUUAUGAGACGGGUAUGCAUCUUCCUCGAGAGCCGAGCCCAGAAUCACCUCAUGAACGAGAGAGAGACAGAGCAGCAUUAAUCGCUGAAGAUGAUCUACUGUCGGAUACACGGCACUGUUUGCCUCUAGACGAGCAUCUACAGAUCCUGCAGGCGCACUAUGAUGAGGUCAUGUCAGGCAAGCCCAGUAUUAGUCAAUCCAGGCGAGCGAAAGCCUUGAAGAAGGAGAUGACUGUGAUUAAACGGAAGAUGGCCCAUCAGCGUGAGGGCGGCUGUGGUAUGGGCAACCACGUGUCGGCCGUGUCACUGGAGCGCGGCUCAGUGAGCACAAGACACGAUGAGGAAGAGAGCAGCAGCCACGAGAUCGGCGGGAAAGAUCUCAGAACCUCCUCAUCUGUGCUGGCCCCUGAGGUGGGCCGUCGUACAUCUGUCCUCUUCUCCAAAAAGAACCCUAAAGCUGCGGGGCCUCCCAAGCGCCCAGGUCGACCCCCUAAGAUCCGAGAAGCCCUUCAUUGCACAGGAGUACUGACUUCCAGUUCUGUGGGCCCACCGCAGCUGCCUUCCCUCGCCCAGUCACGCAAAAGACUACACAGUCCCCAGUCCAGCUCCAGUUCAGAGUCCGACAGCGAACUCGAUCACCUCUUGCGGAAUCUUCACAGUAAUGGUUUCGGUGGCAGCAGUCAGCCGGUGACAGAGAGUUUUCUGGUGUACAGGAACGAGCGCAGUCUGCCGCGCUCCAGCUCUGAUUCUGAAUCCACCAGUAGCAGCAGCAGCAGCGCAGCAUCAGACAGAACCAGCACUCCCUCUAAACAAGGCCAUGGCAAAGCAUCGUUCUCUCGCUCCGCAUUUCAGGAGGACAGCAGUGAGGAGACGUCUGGAACAGAAAAUGACUCCUACUCAUUGGGUGGAGGUCGAGUCUCACACUUAGGUCGAGGCAGGGGGCGCUCUGGGUGCUGGAUGAGCUCAGAUGACUAUAGUUCUCUGGACGCUCUUGAUCUGGUAUGGGCCAAGUGCAGAGGAUACCCCUCUUACCCCGCUCUGAUCAUUGAUCCUAAGAUGCCACGAGAGGGUGUGUUCCACAGGGGUGUCCCAAUCCCUGUCCCACCUCUAGAGGUGCUCAAACUGGGAGAGCAGAUGACACAGGAGGCGCGAGAACAUCUCUUCCUAGUGCUCUUCUUCGAUAACAAGAGGACCUGGCAAUGGCUGCCACGCUCCAAACUGGUUCCUCUUGGUGUCAAUCAGGAUCUGGACAAGGAGAAGAUGCUGGAGGGUAGGAAGUCAAACAUCAGGAAGUCUGUUCAGGUGGCGUACCACCGCGCCAUGCAGCACCGCAACAAAGUCCAGGGUGACCCCAGCAGUGAUACCAGUGACAGUGACUGAACACACACACAUACACAUCCAACCGGAAGAACUACAUACAGUUAAGCAUUCACACUGAAGUAUAGCACAAAAUCAUUUUCUUAAAAUAUAUGAGCAUCCAUAAAGCAAGGUACAUUUAUUUAUUUAUUACAAUUAUUAUUAUUAUUAUUUCUUGUUGUAAGCAAAUAUCUAACAAAUUUUAGUGAGGUUUAUGCUUAAACCAAGAAAAAAAAAUGAUUUUCUAAUCGGGUAAGAAAAGUAUACUUCAUUCAAGAGAAAUUCCCUGAAAAGGAAUAUUCUUGGUUCAACACAAGUGAAGCUCAAUUUACAGUUUUUGUGCCAUAAUGUUCAUUACCACAAAAAAUUAUUUCGACUCAUCCCUCUUUUUCUUUACGAUGGAAGUCAAUGGAGUCAAUCCGUAAACGUUAAAUACUCUGUUUCAAAAGUAUACACACAAGACAUAAACAAUAUGAGUGUUAACAUGAUUUAAGUGUGUUAAAAUCACUUAAAUGACCAUAAAACAGCGAUAGAAACAAAUGUAAUAAUACAUAAUACAUGAGUUGUUUCAGAAGAUGAAUGUGUGCUUUUAUAAAAUUACAAGUUUCACAUAUUUGCCUUCUAAAUACUUCAGAAAUUGUCCCCAUUGACUUCCAUAUUAAGUGUGUCACUGUAACCUCCGUUUUAAAAAAAAUUAAAGGCAAGAUGAAUCAAAAUGUAUUUUUGUGUUAAUCAACAUUAUGCCACAAAUUCUGUCAAUUGAGCUGAACUUUUAUUGAGCCGGAAUAUUUCUUUUAAAUAAGAUGAAUUUACUUGAGAAGCAAAAUUGCAUUCUAUUAAGACUUGUUUUAAUAGAAAUACAUUUCUUUUUCUCACUCCACUGGCAAAAGAAGUGAUAGAAUUUAAAUUUGUAUACUAUCAUCUUGUUUCAAGGAUGCUUAGAUAUUUUAACUGGAAAACAAACAAAAAAGUGUAAGAAAAUAUUUGUGCAGUGUGUGGAACUAUUAACAAAGAUGUAUUUGUACUGAAAGACACACACACACUGUAAUGCUCUGGUGCUAAACUGCUUCAGGCCUGAUGUUAAAAGACGUGUCCUCAGGAUGUGUGUCUGAACGUGUUCACGUGUUAAAUGUGACUUUUUCAGGUGCAGCCAAUAUUAAAGGACAAACACACAGUCCAUGUACCUCACACUACAGCCAGUAUUCAAUAUUUGAUGAAUUAUUUGAUAGACCUCUGCUUACCACUAAAAAAUGCAUGAAUUGUGAUUUUUACAAUUCGUGUGAAACCACGACCCCAAAUUUAGCACAUCUAAACCACUCUGCUCUGCUGUUCGUGUGUGUGUGUGUGUGUGUGUGUGUGUGUGUGUGUGUGUGUGUGUGUGUGUGUGUGUGUGUGUGUAUACACAUGAGUGAUAAUUCGUGUUCCGUUAAAUGCAGCUGAAAUGAAGAGCAUGCAGCACAUUUUAUGCAGAGGAUGCAAAACGUUUUAAAAGAAAUUGGUAAUGUAUUUAUUUGUUCUUCCAAAUGAGACAAACCCUCCUCUUCCCAUAAACACACACACACCCUCACCUCGUAAAUCAGUGUAUCUGUCGGUGUUUGUACAUGUGUCGUUUCUUGAAUGAAUGGAUGAAUGCAUUGAUAACUAACUGUUGUCUGAUCAUGUGCCAGUUCUGUUACUGUAGAACUUUUAUAUAUAUUAUUAAAUACAUGCAAUAGAC